UUUCUUAUGUAAAACUUGUCGGGUUAAUCUUUUAGAAUUGUACAUUCACAAAAACCGAAAUUUUUAACUACUACUUUCUUUUGCACGAACUAUACCUCAGAAAUAUCUCUAAAGACUUUUCCAAUACAUUGUUCAAAUGCCCCCACCAAACGUUAGCAACUGGAGAACAGAAACAUUAACUUCAACUUUGUCCUUUCCUUCUACAUUAAUUAUGGUUGGGACUUAUAUUAGUCAAGGUCUUUACUGAUCGAAGUCUAUAGAACUCCCUGAUUCGGAAGCUAUAUAUCCAGAGCCACCCAUUGUGAGAGCUGUAGAGGAUAUCUUUGCAAGGUAGUUACUUGCACAAGCACAACUCCUUGUCAAACUCUGAAACCACCUUUUUUUUAUAUAAGGAAAACUCUGAAACUACCUACCCAGAGUCUUUCAAAUGCAGUCUCCAAAAUGCCACUUGCUUAUAUUCUUGAUUCAAUUAGUCUCCAUCAUUAGCUUUUACCACUACAUAACCCCAAUAAGAGGUGAAGAUGAAACUGGUGUUGUAAAAGUGGAUGUGGGCAUAAUUCUUGAUAUGGAUACAGAUGUCGCAAAAGUAAUGCACACAUGUAUCUUACUAGCACUUGAAGAUUACCAUGCUGCCGCUAGUCGCAGUGCCAUUCGGAUAGUUCCUCAUUUGAAUGAUUCGAAUAAAGAUGAUGUUGAAGCAGCAUCUGCAGCCAUUUACUUGCUAAAGGAUGUCCAAGUACAAGCUAUAUUUGGACCCCAAAUGUCUACACAAACUGAUUUUGUGAUCGACAUAGGCAAGAGAGUAAAAGUCCCUAUACUUUCUCCAGCAACAAGUCCUUUACUUACAGUCAAGGAAAACCCCUACUUCAUCAGAGGAGCACUUCCUUCUUCCAGCCAGACUAAGGCCAUUGCAGCAAUUGUUAAGAACUUUGGUUGGAGGGAGGUUGUAGUCAUCUAUGAGGAUAGCGCCUAUGGAACAGGGAUAGUUCCACAUUUGACUGAUGCCUUACUGGCAAUCAGCACUUUAGUCUCCUAUAGAAGUGUUAUUUCUCUUUCAGCCAAUGAUGAUCAAAUCCUCAGGGAGCUAUACAAGUUGAAUACUAUGCAGACCAGAGUCUUCAUUGUGCACUUGCGACCAUUACUUGCCAAAAGCCUUUUCCUCAACGCAAACAAAGCCGGGAUGAUGAGCGAAGGAUAUGCAUGGAUCAUCACAGAUCUGCUAACGAGUCUUCUGGACUCGGUAGAUCAUUCAGUGAUUGAGUCAUCAAUGCAAGGUGUUAUUGGUAUAAAGCCUUAUGUUCCAAGAACCAGUGAGCUUAUCAAUUUCACCACGAGAUGGAGAAGGAGAUUUCGUCAAGAGUAUCCGAACACGGACACAGUAGAACUCAAUGUUUUCGGGCUGUGGGCGUAUGAUGGAAUCAAAGCAUUAACAAAAGCAGUAGAAAAGGUGGGUGGCACUUCCAUCCCAAAAUUCAAGAAAGCAGACACUAGAAAGAACUUAACGGACUUGGAUGCACUUGGAACCUCAGAGUUGGGAUCUCUGCUCAUUCACUCUAUGAAAAACAUAACACUAAACAGAGGUCUAAGUGGUGAUUUCCGCCUCGUUGAUGGCGAAUUGCAGCCUUCCCCAUAUCAGAUUGUGAAUAUAAUUGGGAAAGCAGAGAGAACAAUUGGAUUCUGGACAGAGAAAGAUGGAAUUUCGUGUAAACUGAAGAUGAUUCCUAAAACAGCUGCUAAGUGCAAUAAUAAGCAACUACGAGCCAUAAUUUGGCCCGGUGAAUCUACUAUUGUUCCGAGAGGCUGGGAAAUACCCACAACUGGGAAGAAGUUAAGGGUCGGAGUUCCUGCCAAAGGAUGGAUGAACGAAUUCAUUAAAGUGGAAAAAGAUUUAAAAACACAAGCAGUAACUGCAACUGGUUUCUGUGCAGACGUCUUCAAAGAAGUCAUCUUAUCUUUGCCGUAUGCUCUCCGUUAUGAAUUUAUUCCAUUUCAAAUCCCAGAUAGCCCCACUUCUCCAGACUACAAUAAUCUUGUCAAAAAGGUCUCUUCUAAGGAAUAUGAUGCAGUUGUAGGUGAUGUGACCAUUUUAGCGAACCGAUCCGAGUAUGUGGAUUUUACGUUACCUUUUACGGAGUCGGGUAUUUCAGCAGUAGUGCCAGUAAAGCAUUAUGACAGGAAGAAUACUUGGAUUUUCUUGAAACCUCUAAAGAGCGAGCUUUGGAUAACAACUGGAGCAUUCUUCGUCUUCAUUGGUUUUGUGGUUUGGAUACUCGAACAUCGUAUAAACAAAGAGUUUCGAGGACCCAAACGCAAGCAAGUUGGGAUUAUAUUCUGGUUUUCCUUCUCAACUCUCGUUUUUGCUAAUAGAGAGAAGGUAAAAAGUAACCUAACAAGAUUUGUGAUGAUUGUGUGGGUUUUCGUGGUUCUGGUACUGACAUCAAGUUACACAGCCAGCUUAACAUCUAUGUUAACGGUACAACAGCUCCAACCUACUAUAACAGACCUCAAUGAUCUCAUUAAGAAAGGAGAAUAUGUUGGGUAUCAAGAGGGUUCCUUUGUCAAAGAUGUCUUGAAGCGCAUGAAAUUUGACAGCUCCAAGUUCAAAAGUUAUACCACAUUGGAAGAGUAUAAUGAUGCGCUUUCAAAAGGAAGUAAAAAUGGAGGUGUUGGUGCAAUUAUUGAUGAACUACCUUAUCUCAGACUCUUCCUCAAAAAGUACUGCAGGAAGUAUAUUAUGGUCGGUCAGACUUACAAGACCUGUGCAGCUUUUGAGUUGCAUAUUUUACAAUUUGAUGGGACUUUCCUAGUGGUUAUCGUUAAAACCUUCUUCUUCUUUUUUCAUAAUUUCCUUCAAAUGUAA